AGUUUGUAUUACUUGUGUAUUGUAGAAGUUUAUUAUUUAUAAAACAUACAAACAAGUAUCCAUAUAAUAUCUAUUAAUUAACGUGAACCAAGUGCAUGUUUUAAUUGUUAAAUAGAAAAACAACCUGUAACGUGGAAAUAAGAAAUUUUAAUAAUUAGUUUAGAGUCAAAUCAAACCAAGAGUUUGUGCUAAUUUGAACACCCGUCAUUUUGAUAAACGAAAAAUAAAAGAAUUUAUUUAUUGAAAAAAAGACGUGAGAUAAAAACUACGAUUAAUAUGUUAAGCUUGUGAUAACAACAAUUUUCUUUGUUAUUUUGCAUUAUAAUUACGUUUUUUCCACCACAACUACAUCAGCACCAUUGUCAGUAUUUAGGGCAGAUACUGCAAUAUGGAAUUUGUGUGUUUAGAAAUUGGUUUAAAUUAUCAACAUGUGGCUGACACAAAUCAACCUUUGCGUUAUCAAUUGAUUUGCGAUAAGCAUUGGCUGCAGAUCUUAGAGAAAAAACGAAAAAUCGCCAGUUUUCCUCUAUAUCCAAAAUUAGAUAAAAGAGCUCAUCCGGAGGGUGAUUUAGAACAUCCUUGGUGUCGUAUUCUAUUGCAGCUGUAUAAGAAACAGCCUAAUGUAAAGGUGCACGCUUUACCAGCGACUGUUUUAGAUGCUGAGAAUAACUCGGAGUUUGCAAGUAGUAUACCCUUGAGCUAUUCCCAAUCUGUAUUUGAGGUUAUGUCAACAAACUUUAAGAAUUUAUGGGAGAAUUUCUAUAAGAAUAGUCCAGAAGCUCAUUUAAAGUCCGAGAAGCAUAUUAAACAACAAAUGAAAGCGGGUCGCUCACCAUCGGGCAGUAUUUUACCUUAUGAUGUGGUAUUGAAAGAACUUAUAACACGGGUAUUCAAAUGUCCAGUUAUUCACUGCAAACUAGAUCGUUUGAGGGAGGACUCUAUUGAUAUACAAGCGGAAGACGAGGUUCAAGAAUGUCAUGCUAACAUUAUGCCUGCCUUAGUUGCUAUAGAGACCUCUUCUUAUUUUGCAGUGUUUUUCUAUCCUCCAUUUAUUUCUACUUCAUUGUAUGACUGUAUUACCUUUAGUCCAGCAAUAUUGACCAAGAACUAUAAUAAAUCUUUGUUUUUGGUCUAUCAACUACUACAGAUUUAUAAGUCCCUUCACAGUCAGGGUUUACUGUUAGGAAAUGUUUUUCUUCAGGAUAUUUUACUAAAUGAAAACUUAUGGAUUUUGCUGGUACCUUCUUUGGAGGCAAAUAUAUUGCCAUUUUAUUUGGAUGAGGCUCUAUCGCACUCGUCAAGUGAAGUUGCAGGACAUCAGGAUUUAGAAUAUGAUCAUAUAACCGAAGAGGCUGAACAUUUAUCUGUUUCUAACUUGAAAUUAGAUUUAAAAUUCUCUUACGAUUUAAAGCAAUUUUCCUUAAGAGAUUAUUGUGAAAUGUGGUGUAAUGGUUUGCUGAGCAACUAUGAUUAUUUAACCCUGCUUAAUAAUGCAGCUGGGAGAUCUCUUUCAAAUCCCUCCUACCAUCACAUAAUGCCAUGGGUGUCGAAUUUUUCUUCACGUAGCGGUGCCAAUUGGCGUGAUUUGUCUAAGAGCAAAUAUCGUUUGAAUAAAGGUGAUAUUCAUCUUGAUCUUAUGUUUCAACAUGCUGCACAACAAUCAAACAAGGAAUUGGAAUCAACUUUUCCCUCUAAUACGCCACAAACACCACAUCACGUGUCCGAUUUUCUAUCGGAAAUUACUUAUUUUGUUUAUAUGGCUCGAAGAACACCACAACACAUCCUUAGGGAACAUGUCAGACCCAUUUGGGUGCCUGCGGAAUACCCGGCCUCUAUACAAAGACUACAAGAAUGGACACCAGAUGAAUGUAUUCCGGAAUUCUACUCAGAUCCUAUGAUUUUCAAGUCCAUACAUGAAGAUUUGCCAGAUUUGGAAAUUCCUUCGUGGGCUUCCUGCCCCGAGGAUUUUAUUUGUAAACACCGCGAAGCUUUAGAAUCUCAAUAUGUCAGCGAAAGAUUGCACCAUUGGAUAGACUUGAAUUUUGGUUGUAAAUUAAGUGGUAAAGCAGCCAUAAAAUCUAAGAAUGUCUGCCUUACAAUGGUCGAUCAACAUAAGAACCUUUGUCAGCGCGGUAUAGUGCAAUUAUUUACACAUGCGCAUCCAGCCAAGAGAACCAAUUCAAUAUGGUUUAACAAAACUGCACCCCGAAUGCAAAACCUAUUUCCUGCUGGUGGUAGAAAAUCUGAAAAGACUUCCAAAUCAAAAGAAGCUAAACAUUUGGCCAAGAGUACAGAGAACCUUAAUAAAUAUUCAGAUUCGUUGGAUAUUUUAGAUACAAAAUCCACUUAUUCCUCUAAGACGUCACCCAAGUUGUCUCUAAAAAUACCUUCCAAUCAAGAAGAUGCCACAAUAUCAUCCAACGUUUACAAAUCCACUAACAUUAUUGAGCUUCCCAAAGACUAUAAUCCCUGUGCACUGUUGCAAUAUUUGGAAACGGCUCAACAAUUCAUAGCUAAAACGUUUCCACUGCAAAAACCAACUGAAAAUGCUCAAGAAAAGAUUUACAGCAGCGACUUACUUUUUGAGGAUUAUAGCGAGAAUCAUAGUUUUACCAAUCAACUGUUCAAUGAUGUUUCUCCCACAAAAAGUGCAGCAGGUUCUAAACAGAAACCCAAACUAUUGACAGCAGCAAAGCUCUUGCCAACAACCCAUAAACCACGAUCUCCACAACAUUCCCUAGAGAAAAAACUACAGGAUUUACAAAUAUUGGGUUGCUUGAUAGUGGAAAUAUUUGAUUUACCAAAAUUAAGGCCCCUAAUAGGACACAAUUUAACCCCUAUAUUUGAAGAACGAUUAACGGCAUGUCUAACCACCUUUGCUCUUAACAAACACGAAAUACCCAAGUGUUUAAGGUCAAUAACUCUGCAGCUGCUCAAUUUGAAUAGUGAACAUAUAAUUACGGAAAAUGGACUACCAUUACCCUCAGCCCAGCAACUUUUGGAGCCAAUAUAUCAGAAUCUUCUUAUACCCUUUCCCGGCAAUUACUAUCCCUCAUAUGCCUUAAUUAGGUCUCUGCAAUCGUUUGAUUUUGCCUCCAUUCUCCUCGAACUACACACUCACUUUCACUGCAACGGCAUGGACUGUGGCAAAUAUGCGGAAAUUGAUCGACUGCGCGUUCUGUACGAGCGUAAAAUAGCUAAGUGUAAAGUUAUGUCUUGCUGUGCUCAUAUACGCCGCCUUCUAGAUCCCGUUGGCUAUGAACAGUUUCCCUCUAUUGAUUUACUGUUACUUCAUAUUAUUGAUCUGUUAACUCAAGAACACACCUCCAUACUGGCUUCUUGGAAUCUAUUUGAUGCGGUGGCCCAGUCUUUGGGUGUUGCUCAAACACAAAAACUCUUGUUACAACCUCUCAUGAAACUCUACGAUGUUGAGAGUUUUGAACGUGGCAUGACAUCUGUGCGCAAUCGUUCUCUAUCGGAUUCGAUUACAAGUACCACGGGUCAUUUGCGCUUUUCUACCAACAGCUCUUUUAAAUCGCGCAAAUCUGUUAAGCUCUAUCAUCAAAUAUUUUUGCUCAGGCUGAUAGUGCGUUUUGGUUUGAAAUGUUUUUUGAGCAACUUUAUUGCACCCCUCAUAGAGGCAGUGGGUGGUUAUAAGGAACCUGAGGAUGGUAAUGGACUGCACUAUCAUAGCACUAUGGCGGAGAGACGUACUAGUAAGAAUAUCAGUUAUGCCACUAGUACUGCGGGUAAUGAAGAGGAUUUGACUUUAAUGUCACCCGAAAAGAGUGAUGAUUUGGAGAACAACACCUUGUCAGUGGAUAUGGAUGCAUCUCAUUUGAAGCCGGAUAUUGAGGAUGUUUUUAGCUUCGAUGACGAUGCCAAUUCAGAUCGCAUAUCAACGUCCGAUCAUCUCUCUAAUAGGUCUCUAGACUCUUUCGAUAUGAGACCCACCACUGCCGAAGAAGCCAAGGAAGACGAUGAACGCCAGCUGGACACCACACCCGAAAAACUGGCCAUUUCCGAAAUCAUAUAUGGUUCUAAAAUAUCCAAUAAUUCCUUUGAGGAACCAGACAAAAUCUCUUUGAACAGUCAAAAUGCCAAUGGAGAUUCACCGAUUAAUCUCAGCCAACUAGGACCACGUUCACCAACUAUAUCAAUUCCAGCCAGUGUAUUUCGCAGAUCAUAUCAACUAAAUACUAUUGAUUGUGACAUUGGUUCUCGUAAAAGCAUCGAUUCAUUUGAAAUUCUUCAAAACGCCGCAGAAGAAGAGGAAAAACAAAAGAGAAAAGAAAGUAGGUCGGAGGUUCUAGAAACAGGCACUACAGAUGGCGAAGAUAGUAAAAGACUAGACGAAAAUUCCAAAGAAUUUUCUCAAGAAGCCUGUGAUUCACUGCAAGCCUCAGUUAUUUCGAAAAUGUCCGAAGAGAAGUCACUACAAAAUAAUUGUAUCUCUGAAAUGAGUAGCAAAAGUUUAGUAUGGCUUUCGCAUCGCUUAGGACCAGUUUUAACUUCUAGAUUUAUCACGAAAAAUCUACUCAAAAUGCUAACCUUGUGUUAUGUGGGCCAAGAGAAUCUAUUACCUGAAACAGGACCGCUAGUUGAAGCUCAUCUUUUGAAUUAUUUCACCGUAUCUGAUGCUAGAGUAGUGGGUGAUCGCAGUGCUGUGCGGGUUCUCGAAUGUUUAAUGACUAUUGCUGCCUUGUACGGUGAACAAGUGAUAUUGCUACAAUAUUUCCCGCACAUUAGUGAAUUGGUGGGCUUGAGCACUAGACGUAUUACUGGUAGUUUGGAGGGAGCUUUAAUCAGCACUUUACAAUUGUUAAAAUAUUUGAUUCCCUGUCUAACAGAUGCUACCAUUAUGGAACAUUUAAAGGACUUAUUUUUAGAUUCAAUUAUACUACCUGUUUUACGAUUUUUGGCCUCAUCCCAUGUCCUAAUGCCUAGUGGUUAUUUGGGCCGCUCAGUAUUAUCGCGUAAACUUUUAGAUGCUAUAUAUGUAUUAAGUGUGCGUCUGGGUUCUGAUAUGACACGAGAACAUCUAUGCAAUUCCGUUUUAAGGCCAUUCUUCCUCAUCUUUGAUAAAGCUUUCGGGGAGACUAUACAUUUCGAGGCUGAUUACAAUUCCUUUAGUAUAACACCACCCAGUAAAGAACACCAAUUGGAAAAUAAACGCGAAUUAGAAGAAAUACGCGAUGUAUUUUCUCCAGCUUUGGCUCACAGUGCAUAUUUGGCCUUCCUGCGUUUUCUCGGCGAAGAUAUAAUGAAAAGAACAGUUUUGAAUUUAGAAUUUAUUCUGACGCUCUGUCACGAAUUUGAAUUACCUGAUUAUAAUGCUUUUCCAAGUGUACCUCGCAGAUCAAGUGAUGCUGUUGAUUGUCCUACAAAUGCCUGUUUAGAUUCUGGACGUGAACAACAGGCCGCAAAUAGUUUUGGCACGCAAGUGGUGGGUAAUCGCAUAGAUGUGGCCAGUCCAGUGGCUCAACCUUUCAGUAGAGUGAAAUAUAACGAUGCUCCACUUCAAAGUCUUGAUACAAUGGAAGUUUUAGAUAUGGUGGCGUAUAAAUUUGAACAUUUACCAAAUACACGUUAUUUAAAGGGGAAUUGGUUGGCCUAUUGGCGUCAUGAAAUAACACGUUCAGAUAAGGAUACUACGUUGAAUUUGAAACAGAUUAAAUUGCAGUCGUUUAUCGGUCACACGAAUUCGGUGCGUUCAAUUGUGGCUUUGGACAAUGAAAACAGUUUUAUAUCAGCUUCGAAGGACAAAACAGUUAAAUUGUGGUCACUUCGCAGCGAAGGAGAUGGUACAAAAGCCACCUCCUGCCAAUUUACUUAUACUGCCCACAAGAAAUCCAUACAUUCCCUGGCAUUUCUCGAAUACAUGCGUUUUGUAGUUUCUUGUGAUUCUGGUGUUCAUAUAUGGGAUCCUUUCAUAGGAAGACCUUUAGGCAUACUGGACUCACCUAAACACAAUCCUAUAACCGUGGUGAAAUGUUUGCCAUCCCCGUCUCCUUUGAUUGUGGCCGGCACAGCAGAAGCUUCAGUAAAAAUUAUCGAUGCACGUUGCAUGCAGUAUGUCAAUGAGUGGCGUGUUAGUACAAAUACACAAAAUAAUGGCACCGUUAGAUGUUUAACGGUUGCACCUUCGGGUAAUUGGAUGGCAGUGGGUUUAUCCUCAGGCUCCAUAGUCAUGUUGGAUGCUCGCACGGGCAUGAUUAUGAAUUCCUGGCGGCCCAUGGAAUGUGAUUUGUUGCAAUUGGCUGCACCCAAUGAUCAACAAUUGAUAAGUUCUGCUUUGGAUCACAGUCUGGCGGUGUGGCAUGCUCAUGAUGGUAUUUUGCAUUAUCAAUUAAGGCCUCCCGCUGAACCAGCUCAUUUUCUACAAACUAUUGGCUCUGAAUUGGUAUAUGCCACCACCGGAAAUCGAAUUGGCAUAUAUUCAGAUCUUAGUAGUUCUCAUGCCUCUAACAAUGUUACCAAAUUACGUUCAGAAAAUUUCCGGGGUGUUCUAACUUCUUUAGCAGUUUUACCUUUAAAUCACGCUUUUCUGGCUGGUAAUGAAAGCGGCAAUAUAUCAUUGCUAUGCUGAAAUUAUACGAACAUGUUUUAAUAUUUUUAAAUAAUGUUUAAGCUACUAAACAAUUGUUUGCAUACACAUUUUGAAUGUUUUGUAGUACAACCUUCUUAGGAUUUUUUACUUCCAAACGCAACAUACUGUUAUUAAUAUUAUUUUUUUUAAUAUAUAAGUAGAUAUGUAUAAAAAAAUAUAUUUAUUUAUAAACAUACACAAUAUUUUCUGAAAUGAUUUUA